ACAUUUCUCGCUACCCAAUCUGGAGUGAACAACUUUUCGCGCUGCCACCCUCCUCCACUCCCUCUCUCUCUCUCUCCCCUUCAAUCAUCAAGCUCCUUUCGUUCUUCCGUAUUGAACGACAUAAUCCUAUCCUUAAUACUUCUUCAAUGGCCAAGUCUCUCGUGGUUUCCUUUGGUAGUCAGGCGCCGGUUGGUCCUCAACAUCCUUCCUUGUCCCCAAACUACUGCCACGCACUUCCACCACCAAAGCCCUUCCUCUCUUCCACCCUCCAAAGCCCCCUCUCUUUGAAGUAUGAUUCUUUCACUCCUUUGCUUCACCGCCGAAACAUCCGUUUUCCGGCUCCUUCCGCUCUUGAAUCCGACGUCCCACAUCCCCUUCACGAGGGAUCAGUGAAAUAUGGGGGCAGUAAGAGCUUUGAGCAAUGGGAUUCGUUAACUGCAAAGUUCUCUGGAGCAUCAAAUAUCCCAUUUCUGUUACUGCAAAUGCCUCAGAUCAUCCUUAACGCUCGCAAUCUUUUGGCUGGUAACAAAACAGCCCUUCUAGCUGUCCCAUGGCUGGGGAUGUUUACUGGUUUGCUGGGAAACCUUUCACUCCUCUCAUAUUUUACAAAGAAGAAGGAGAAUGAGGUGAUCGUUGUACAAACAUUAGGCGUGCUAUCACAAUAUGUGGUAUUUGCACAGCUUGCACUGGCUGAAGCCAUGCCUCUGCCUUAUUUUGUGGUCACUUCAGUUGUUGUCGCAGCGGGGCUCAUAUUGAAUUUCAUGAAUUAUUUUGAGUGGCUCAAUUCUGGAUUAUGGCGUCUUUGGGAAGAUUUUAUUACUAUUGGCGGGCUGUCUGCACUUCCCCAAAUUAUGUGGUCUACCUUUGUCCCAUAUAUACCAAACAGUAUCUUGCCUGGGGCAAUAGCUUUUGUUAUAGCAGUGGCGGCUGUUAUUAUGGCAAGACUGGGAAAACUUUCAGAGAAAGGUGCAAAGUUUGUUGGAGCAAUUUCUGGGUGGACAGCUACCCUUCUCUUCAUGUGGAUGCCAGUUUCACAAAUGUGGACAAAUUUCCUAAAUCCUGAUAACAUCAAGGGCUUAUCAGCUUUCUCAAUGUUGCUUGCUAUGAUGGGAAAUGGACUUAUGAUCCCACGUGCACUCUUCAUUCGUGACUUUAUGUGGUUCCUUGGUUCAUCUUGGGCUUCUUUGUUUUAUGGAUAUGGGAACAUUUUAUGCUUGUACUGUUUCAAAGCUAUUAGUAAGGAAUUCUUCUUUGCAGCAUCAACUGGUUUGUUUUUGUGGAUAGGAAUGGCUCUGUGGAGAGACACGGUAGUUUAUGGUUAUGGCUCACCUCUGACAUCUUUAAAAGAGUUGGUUUUUGGAUCUUAAUCCAAGGUGAUUGCUGCAAAUAGAUCCCAACUGAUGCAGAAGUGACCUGGCCUCUAAAUCCUGAGCAUGAAAUGUAGCAAAUUAUCCUCCGAUGUGAUGCCAGUGCUAGAUUGACAGACAUCUGCGACACUAGAAUGCCAAGAGGUUCAAGUAUAAAGCAUGUCUCUCAUAUCAUAAUCAUUGCCGAAAUUUUAUCUCCAGGAUUUUGCUGGAAUGAAUACCUUGCAACUCUUACAGGUUGGUUAUAUAGGGGUUGUUAUUGUCAAUCAAUUAUGAAACCACAUUCCAACUCGGAAGACAAUUGUGCUCAAAAUUUUUUCGUGCAGUUACGUGUAACAUUGUAUAAUCUCUUAUAAUUAUUUGUCCGAUUCCACA